AUGCUUAAAGGAAGCGGAAAUGCUUUAUUUAAACGUUUAAAAAGAGAAAUGGCUGCACUCACCAUAGGUUUGUUGCUAUUUGAAAUUGCCUGCAUAGCGGCUAAUAGCGUUUAUCGGACAUUUUCCGGCUGGUGGAUGUUGCGUUCAUUUGCAGCCUAUAAUCUGCCCAACAUUUUGAUCAAUCUUAACUUGUGCCUCUAUUGGCUAGCCUUGCGUGGCAUUGCUUUACUCUUCACCUGGGCCAAUAAUAUUAUGGAAAAUCUUCGUCAAGCCUCCAAAAGGCAAGAGCAGAAACAGGAGCACAGUGACACUUUAUUGUGGUUCCAAAAGGAAUUCAAUACCCACACCUAUCAGAAACCAUCGCCCAGUGGUAAAAUCCAUGAAAUAUUUCUUGCGCUCAGCCAGGCUAAUUCGGAUUUGAGUGAUUUGCUCAGUGACAUAGUGGCAGCAUUUCGCAUAAUUUUGGUGCUAAAUUUUCUUACCUCAUUUUUGGUGUUGACCAUAGAGUUUUUCGAACUUUACAAAUAUUUCGAUAAUCCCACGUUAAAUGAAAUCAAAUUGGUGACAUUCAAGUUAAUAUGGCUAAUACUACAUGGUGGGCGAAUAUUUUUUGUACUUAUAGCGAAUAAUGCUAUAACAACGCAAUUGCAAAGGCUGCUGAGGAAAAAAAAUAGACAGGAAAUGAGGAUUUCGACUAGAAUAGUGGGGUGUUUCGAAUAUAGUUGUCCUCUUAAAGAAAGAAAAUCAGUACAAGAAAAACCCUGGAUGACCUCGGAGAUUCGCAUCAUUGGGGAAGAGGUCUGCAGAUUUUAUAACAGCGCACGUCGUAAAAAAGCGGAAGUUUAUUGGUAUGUGUAUUAUACACGUUUCAAGGAAUACAAUAGCAUUAUCAGAGCGGCAGAGCGUGCCUCCUAG